AUGAAAAUUCUGCUUACUUCGAGUAAUAGUAAGUUAACGGCUGAGACUAAAGAACUUCUUUUAGACCUAGAAGGACUCUUCCCAGGGGCUGAACCAGUUGCCCGAAAAGGCCGGUCUUUUAAGGUCUUCUUAGCUGAAGAAGUUGGUGAUGAAGAAGCACUGAUUAUUCGAUUGGAUCAAGAAGAUAUCUCUCGAAGACGACUUUUAAUGAUCCGUAAAGAUAAGAAUGGAGAUAUUACAACCAGUUCCUACUCAAUUGUUUCCUUUGUUUUGUGCCGACGAUUGAAUGGGGCAGUUGAUUCAGGACAUAUGCCUGAACUAGUCUUCUCUAACUUUGAUGAGAGUGAGAAUGAUCAACGAACAGUUUCAGACAUUGAACAUGCCUUUUCUGAAGAAUCACCUGAUUUUGAAGGAAGACAAGUCGUUUCCUUCACUAAGAAACGAGGGUUUAUUCUUUGUCGCAAGCACCGAUACAUAAUUAGAGUUGCCGAAGCAGAUGAAGAGAACAAAACAGUCCGUUUGGAAGAAAUAGGCCCAAGACUUUCGCUUAAACUCCAGGCCGUUGAUGUCAAUGAGAAUUACAUCUUCCGCCACACCAAGAACGUCAAAAUAAAGGACUAA